ACUACCCAAAACAUCCCUUGGAUAAAUGGGUAAGACACAGUAAGCUAAUCAUAAUCAUUUUACACUUUUAACACCCAUAUAAUAUAAGCUAAUCAUAAUCUAUCUUAUACUUCUUGAGUUAGUUCUUGAAGUUAAAGUUGCUUACUUUUCUUCAUUUCUUUUUCCCUUUUUCUUUCUCUCUCUAAAAAUGAACUCACAAAAUGAAGAACAAGCUGUAACUACAGAGAAAACUACUGCUGCUACUGCUGUUUCUGCAACAGUUUCAAGCAGAAACAAUGGAAGAAUAAAAACCCCUUCAAAUUUCAUAGGAAGACAUCGUUUACAAGCUGCAAUUUCUCAUCUUGACCAACAAAUCCAGUAUAUUCAGAGUGAAUUAGAUGACCUUGAUACAAUUGGUGGACCUUCCACAGUUUGCAAUGAAAUAAUAUCAGGAAUUGAAUCAGUUCCAGACCCUCUUCUUCCAAUGACAAAAGGGCCAGUGGAUGUAAACUGGGAGAGAUGGUUUGGAGGAGCAAGCAGUUCAAGAAGUCACAGGCGUUGGAUCUGAACAACGCAUUACAACAAACGACAAACAGAUGCAGUCUCCGUGACACAAAAUCAUUACUGUAUUUUGUUUGACUAAUCAUAUCUAGUCGACAUGUUUGUUAUCUAACACCUUAUAGAAUAAUUAUAUUAAAUUACGAGUUUGGGUCCUAUCUUAUUUUGCAUGUUUAAUGUUUAUAUUAUAUGUUUGGGUGUGCGUAGAAAUAGGUAUCGCGCACCCAAAUUUGUUAGGAGGUCGAUCUCAUGUACUUUAAGACCUAGUCUUUAGUUUAAAAAACAAUUGUGUUAAGGUGUUAGAUAUCAAACAUGUUGGUUGUUAAGUUUAUUAAUAUUUGACGGGUUGUCAAUCCUAGAUUUGUGGUGGCAAUGUGUACUUUUGUUUAAAAUUAUC